AGAAAGAAAAUGGCAAUAACAAUAAUAAUAAUAAACAAAAGAUAAGUUGACUGAUUGUGAAAAUAAAAAGUCAACAAUACUUGUAUUAUUUUUUUUUUUUUUUGUUUAGUCAUAUUGACGUUGUUAUUUAUCAUCUAAUAGUUUUUGUUUAUAGAAUAAUAUUUAUAGUGUUUUAUAUAGGCAAAAAAAAAAAAAAAUAGACAAAGUUAUAAAUUUUUUAAUAUAAUUAUAAGAUAAUUACUCAAAUUAUAGAAAAAUAAAUAGUUUAUUAUCAUGGAUAUCAUCUAUUGCGUGAUUUAUUAAUUAAUUUUAUUGUAAUAAAUUCAAUUGUUAACCUGAAAAAUAUUUAUAAAUGUCAAUGAAAUUUGGAUUACAAGUGUUUUUAAAUAAUAAUUAUAUUUAUCGAUGGCAUUACGUAUGAUGACAGCAAUAGCUCCAGGCCAAUUGGAUCCAGUUAAUGAGAUUGAUCAUGCAGCUGAAAGAGAAAAACUUCAGGCUAAUCUUUUGGCUGCAUCAAAAUUAUGUCAUGUUAGAUUUGGAGGUAAAAUGGAAUUAGCAACUGAGUCUGAUCAAUGUGUAUCAAGACUUUGUCAUGCAUUUGAGAUGAUAUUUCGUCAUGGUUAUCGUAAUAAAACAAAUGAAAAAUUAAAUUCAACAAUACGUCAAGUAUCAGAGUUAGUAUCUGGUGGAAUAUCACGUAAUUUAACAGAUAAUUCAUUUUGGUCAUGUAUUAAAACCCAAUUAACAUGGCAUGAACAAGAAAGAUUUACUGUAUUACGAAAUAUACGUACAGAUUAUGGACGUGGUAGAGCAUGGUUACGUGCAGCAUUAAAUGAACGUUCACUUGAACGUCAUUUACAUGCAAUAUUAAAUCCAUCAGUACUGUCAUUGUAUUAUGAUGAAUAUGCAUUUAUAUUAGAUCAAGAACGUACAUCUGUAUUGCCAAAUAUUGCUGCUGGACUUGGUACGAUUGUAUUUGCAAUACGUAUUGAUAAUGAUGAACUUGAUAAACGUUCAGGUUUUGAUGAUACAACAAUGGCUUAUAGAGCAUCACAAUCAGAACCAAUUAUUAAUUCUGUUAUAAAAGAUAAUAAUACUCAAAGACCUAGAAGAAAAAUACCAACAAAUAUUAUAUCAUUUGAUAAUGAUGAUGAUAAUGAUAAUGAUAAUAAUAAUGAUGGUGGUGAAAGAAGUGUAUCAACAAGUGCACCAGCAACAUGUUUUAAUUCUCCAACAGAUUUAACAGUUAAAAAAUUAAAUGAUAAAACAGAAAAAACAAAUGUUCCACUUGUAUUAAAUGUUAAAAAUAAUUGGAUACAAAAAAAUGAUAUACUUGAAGAGGAUAAAGUAUUAACACCUUUAAAUGACAAUAGUGGUAUGGUUAAUUUAAUGCCAGUAUCACCACUUGAUCAAACACUUGAUGAUAUGCUUGUUGCAUUACCAACUUAUAUUAAUGAUAAUGAUAUUACUGAAAAUGCAAUUGAAGCAACUGAACCAUUAACUGGAAUUGAUUAUCAUAUUGAUGCUGAUAAACUUGAUAUUGAUGCAUUAAAAAUACGUCUAUUAGCAAUGAAUGAAGUACUUGAACAAGCAAGAGAAGAUUCAAUAUCAAGUAGAUUACAAUUAGCUAGAUUUCAACGACAACAUCAAAAUUAUCUUGAACGACAUGAAGUACAGCUACAAGCAUUAAAUAGAGAAAAUGAAUUAUUACGACAACAAUUAAGAAAAUAUGUAACUGCUGUACAAUUAUUAAAACGUGAAUCAGAUAUAACAACAAAUGUUAAUGAUGAAGAACAACAAAUUGAUGAAGAUUAUAAUAUUGAAACACAACAGUAUCAAGAAAAACUUGUACAAGUUGCUGAAAUGCAUGCUGAAUUAAUGGAAUUUAAUAGUAGAUUAACAAUGCAAUUAAGUAGUCGUGAUAAACUUGUUAAAAGAUUACAAGCUGAAUUGGAAUGCCUCAGGGGACCACUUAAUGAAAAUGAUAUACCAAUUGAUUCACAAUAUCUCAUACAUAUAUGGAUACCAUCUGCAUUUUUAACUGGACAAAGUACAGAUGUUCAUCAUGUUUAUCAAAUUUAUGUUCGUAUUAGAAAUUCAGAGUGGAAUUUAUAUCGUCGUUAUGCACAAUUUUAUUCAUUGUAUAAAGAUUUAAAAAAACAUGAUUCAGUUGUAACGACAUUUGAAUUUCCACCAAAAAAAACAAUUGGAAAUAAAGAUGCUAAAUUUGUUGAAGAACGAAGACAAAAAUUACAACAGUGGUUACGUCGUGUUGUUGGAAGAUUGGCACAAUGUUCACCAGCAUUUACACUACGUCCUAGCAAACAAACACUCAUUUCUUUAAUGCCAUUUUUUGGAGAUUAUCCCAGUGAAGAAGAGUCUAAAAAAAAUAAUACAGGACGAAAUAAUAUUUCAUCAUCACCACAGUAUAUGGGACUUUAAUAUAGCUUUAAAAAAAAUAAUAAUAUUUGUAAAUAAAAUUAUAAAGAGAUUUAAAAUUUUAAUGUAUAUAGGUAUAUAAUUGAGAAAAAAAAUGAUUUUAAAAUUUAGACAAAAAUGUUGAUCAAAAAUAUAAUAAAUUAAUUUAGAAAAAUUACAGUAUAUUUAAAAUUUAAUGUAGUUAAAAUAACAACAAAAAAACUAGAUAAUAUUAAUUAAAAAAAAGAAAGUUUUUAUUCAUGUGUAAGGCGACUUAAUAUUUAAUAUAAAAAGGUACACUUUUUGUUAUUUUGUUUCUUAUUUUUUUUUCCACCUUUCAUUUUUAUAAAGU